AGCAGAAGUUGUGAGUCGAAAUGGUGCUACCGCGACAGAGAAAUGCGAAGGGUUCGAAUGCCACCGAGAUAGAGAAGAAAAUUAAAAGGGGUAAUGCGCUACGGCAGGGAUCUGCAUGGAGGAGUUCCAGAGGCCUCAUGGCCUUGCUGCUGGUCGCUCUGUUUGUGUUCGGGGUGGCUGCGUGGCUGUACGUGACUUCUCUGGACAGUGAAAUCACAGAAACACUGGUCAGCAAGGGUGAGCUGGUCUCUCCCCAGCCCAGAGUCUACAGCGUCCAGUGCUCUGAAGACUAUGAGAACUACAAACGCUAUCCAGGAUGCACCCCUCAGAAGUGUGGCCGUGCAGUCACAGACAGUGUGGUGACGAGGGAGGAAGCUCAGGUCCUCAGGAGGCUGGCUGAGAGAGGGCUGGCGCUGGCUGGAUCAGAGGGAGGAGCCUCCAUACUGGACUUGCACUCUGGAGCGUUGUCGAUGGGAAAACAGUUUGUCAACAUCUACAGGUACUUUGGGGAUCAGAUCGGGGAGGUGUUCACACAAGAGGAUUUCCAGCUUUACAGAAAUGUACGUGAGCGAAUUCAAGCAGUUAUCGCCGAGACAUUUGAUUUGGACCCAACUCUGAUGUACCUCACCAAGCCCACCUUCUUCUCCAGAAUCAACAGCACGGAAGCUAAGACCCAGCAUGACGAGUACUGGCACCCACACAUAGAUAAGGUGACUUAUGGCUCUUUUGACUACACCUCUCUCCUGUACCUGUCCGACUAUGGCUCUGACUUCACAGGAGGAAGAUUUAUCUUCAUGGACCAAAAUGGCAACCGGACAGUGGAACCUCGAGCAGGACGAGUCUCUUUCUUCUCUUCCGGCUCGGAGAACCUCCACCGCGUUGAGAGGGUGACAUGGGGGACGCGAUACGCCAUCACCGUGUCCUUCACCUGCGACCCUGCACACGCCAUCUCUGACCCUGCCCUGCUUGGAGGCACCCACGGGUGAUGGUGACAGCGCUGCCCACUGGCUCGGUGAAGCCCUGUAGUACAGAUGGGGAGCAGAGGGGAAAGGCAAAGGAGGAGAUGGGAGGAGAGAAAAAAGAGGGAAGGAGAGGAGGAAUGAAGUGAGAUUUUAUAUGUUGGUUGUACUUGCAAUAAUCAUGUAUUGUAGCUGCACGGUCAAUAUCUGUAAUUUAUUUUAAUAUUAUAGAUAUUGACUGGCUGUCCGUCAUGAUUGCGCUACAGUAAAAUGCCACAUACUUGCACCCUCUCUUUUGUAGAGGUGUUUUCUUAAUUUUUAGACCCUUGUGUGUUUUUAUCCAAUUUUCUACAGCAGUUGCUUUUUUUUAUUGAACCAUCAUAAUCGCUGGUAUUUGGCUUGUUUGGGUUCCCCACAGGUUUCUACAAUCCAUGCCUCUUGAUCUUUGCGGGUUGGCUUCAGCAGAAAUUGCUCCUCGGCUAAAACGGUUUCAGCGAAGCUAAAGUGGGAUUGUUUUUUUUUCCGGCAUGUCUCUGUGUGCUUUUUUUUUUAUUUUAAGAAGCGGGCUGUCCAUUCCUUAAAGAAGAGAUAUAAAUCUGGUGAAUCACCUACUGAAUCACAAAAUCUCCACUCAUACUGGCCCCCAUAUGAGUACUCAUGGCCCAAGAGGUGAUUUCUUCUAAGAAGAACCCUCUCCUUAUCCAGGAGUGAUUGCUCUUUUUAGUAUGAUACCAUUUGCUUUAAUGUGGUCUGCAAGAACGGUUUCAAAUAAAAUACUGACGGAACAUGAAAA